ACUACCUUCUUCUUCCUUCUAAUUCAAGUCUCGCUCUCUAGCUCUCUGAAUUGAGUAUUUUCUGAUACACAAAUGGUGAUCUCUUCGACGAGAACCGACUCUGCAGAGCAUGUGCACUGCACGUUUGCUUCCAGAUAUGUCCGCUCCCCUGUUCCAAGAUUCAAGAUGCCUGAGAAUUCGAUGCCCAAGGAAGCGGCAUAUCAGGUAAUAAAUGAUGAGCUGAUGCUAGAUGGAAAUCCAAGGCUGAACUUGGCAUCCUUUGUGACUACAUGGAUGGAGCCCGAGUGUGAUCGCCUUAUCAUGGCUUCGAUUAAUAAGAACUAUGUUGACAUGGAUGAGUACCCUGUUACAACAGAGCUUCAGAAUCGGUGUGUGAAUAUGAUUGCCCACCUGUUUAAUGCUCCAGUUGGAGAUGAUGACACUGCAAUUGGUGUUGGGACCGUGGGUUCAUCUGAGGCAAUAAUGCUGGCUGGUUUAGCUUUCAAGCGGAAGUGGCAGCAGAGGAGAAAAGCACAAGGCAAACCCUAUGAUAAGCCCAACAUAGUCACUGGAGCUAAUGUGCAGGUUUGCUGGGAGAAGUUUGCAAGAUACUUUGAGGUUGAGCUGAAGGAGGUGAAGCUGAGGGAGGGAUUCUAUGUUAUGGACCCUGUGAAGGCUGUUGAGUUGGUAGAUGAGAACACCAUUUGUGUUGCAGCCAUUCUGGGAUCAACCCUAACUGGAGAGUUUGAGGAUGUGAAGCUUCUUAAUGAACUUUUGACCAAAAAGAAUGAGGAGACUGGUUGGGACACUCCAAUUCACGUAGAUGCUGCCAGCGGAGGAUUUAUUGCUCCUUUCCUAUACCCAGAACUUGAAUGGGAUUUCCGUUUGCCGCUGGUGAAGAGCAUUAAUGUCAGCGGCCACAAGUUUGGCCUUGUCUAUGCUGGCGUUGGUUGGGUUGUGUGGAGGACCAAAGAUGACCUGCCAGAAGAACUUGUCUUUCAUAUCAACUAUCUUGGUACUGAUCAACCAACUUUCACCUUGAACUUCUCCAAAGGCUCUAGUCAAAUAAUUGCUCAAUAUUAUCAGUUUAUUCGGCUUGGCUUUGAGGGCUAUAAGAACAUUAUGGAAAACUGCAUGGAGAGUGCAAGAGUGCUGAGAGAAGGACUCAAAAAAACAGGGCGGUUUGAGAUUGUCUCGAAGGAUGUUGGAGUACCUCUGGUAGCCUUUUCAUUGAAGGACAGCAGCAAACACACUGUGUUUGAGGUAUCCGAGAACUUGAGAAGGUUUGGAUGGAUAAUUCCUGCCUAUACAAUGCCUCCCAACGCUGAGAAAAUUGCGGUUCUUCGGGUGGUGGUUAGGGAGGAUUUCAGCAGAAGCUUGGCAGAGAGGCUUGUUUCCAACAUUGAGGAAGUCCUGAAGGAAAUUGACGCACUCCCAAGUCGUAUAUUGACCGAAGCUGCACCUGUCACUGCCACAAUCAAUGAAACUCAAGAUGGGAAGCCUCUGAAAAAGAGUAUGAGACAGACUCAAGAGGAAGUCACUAGGCAGUGGAAGAGGUUUGUGGAAGGCAGAAGAACUGGAGCAUGCUGAGCUUGUUGGUAGUAGUAUUAUUAUUAAGGCUUCUGUGCCCCAUGCAUUGCUGUUUGUAUUUUCUUGUAUAAGAGUGUUCAUUGCUGUACUUUACGACAUAUCCGGUCCACUUUUGAAGUAAAUAAAGGUUGUUUCCUUGCCUAUA